UAACUGUUAGCUUUUGUCAUGUCAACAUUGUUUCCCGAACCUCAGAUUGGCUCAUUAACACGACUGAGUACCUGACAAGAAGGCUGGAAGAGCCAAUCGGCUGCGGGGGGAGAGAGCACAGUGGUUGGGAUGGGUAAAGUGCAGAGCUCGAGACAGAUGUUAGAGUUGCAGCUGUUCACCACCUCCACUGCAGCCUGCUGGAGAAAGAAGCCUGACAUUGACAGUGCGGCUCACUACGAGCCUUACACAGCCCUCUUACUGAAAAUGUUGGCGACCAAAGGCCGGAUUCAGGGACGUGUGCUGCUUGUGCUACUCGCGUUACGUGGGCAAACUGCUCGCUGUCAUCAUCGAUACAAAGGCUCUGCGACCCGUGAAGAACUGAGACUCCUUCUGGUCGGUAAAACAGGCUCGAGAAAGAGUGCGUCCGGAAACACCAUCCUGGGGGAUGCGUACGCUUUCAAAGAGGACGUUUCGCCCGAGUCUGUCACCGACGGCUGUCUCAGAAAAGAGGCAGAGGGCGAAGACAUAAGAACAAUCGCUGCGAUCGACACUCCGGGGCUGUCUUCUGGAUGAAAUAGAUGAAAUGAUGGUGGAUUUCAAUGGAGGAAACCACUACACCAACGAGAUGUAUAAGGCGGCCCAGAAGAAACUCGAAAGAGAAAGGCUGAAGAGGAGAAAGGAGGAAGAGCAAAGAAAAAGGGAAGAAGAGGAGAGGAUCGAAUUGAAGGAGCGGUGUAAAUUCUUCGGCCUCGCUUCCCUGGGAUUAUUUGGCGCAGGAGCGUACUUUACAUCUUAUGUUCUCAUGGGGCUCAGUGGAGCCCUUGGAUAUUCUCAGUAAAAUUGUACACUGGCAAUGUUCGCUUGGCUAAACCCACCCCGUUUCUCCUUGUUACACUACGAAGGCUGAGUUUCAUUUCACUUGUUUUCUCGGAUUUCUAGUUCUAAUGCAGUCUAUGUACUUACUUACUUACUUACUUACUUACUUACUUACUUACUCGCUGAAUGUUUGC